AGCACUUGCACGACUCUACUACUUCCCCAGCAGCAGCCCAUGAUCCGGCGCUCGGUGCGACGAGCAGAAGUCCGCACCCUCAACAACCCAAAAGACCGCAUCAUGCACCUUCUCCCCAAGGUUCCUCAUCCUCGGUAGUACAACAGCACCAGGCAUAUUACACGUCUGAUCCCGGAGCAGGUCCGGCCACACCGAAGGCCACUCCGGUAACUAGUAUAAUUCACGACCAGAACCUGCAGUUGAGCGACAGCAUGGAGAACACCCCCGUCCCUUCGGAUUCCACGUCACAGCAGAUGGAACGCGUGAAAACCCCAAGCAGAGUUCCGUCACCCCCAGAAAACCUGCAGAACGCGACAUCUUCUUCACGAGGAAACAACAGUACGUGUCAGUCCCCGAAUCAACAUCAACAUCAAGCCACGCGACCCGGGGAGGUGGCACCAGCCGCGCACCAGACUACACAAAGCCGUAGAAGUUCUCCCCUGGCAGUUCCAGCUGAUUUGGAUCAGCCGCAGUACAAUCUGCGGCCCGUGCCAGAGGCCGAU